CCGAUGUGGUAUGAACUGUGGAUCUUUGCUUGUGAAGAUCUGAGUGAAACAGAAACAGGAGAGAAGCUUCUUGGUUUAGAGUACUUCACAGUUACACCUAAAUCUCACUUCUGGAACAAAGAUCUUGUUCUUUGUUCUUUCCACAUCUCACCUAACCCAGCCAUUUCACAAUAAAGGCCUACCCAAAACAGAGAAAGGCAAGACGCCAUGAAAGUUUGCAGCAUUUGCAAUUACGAUCUCAAAUCACUGUCUUCCUCGUCCUUGCAUUUCCAACUUCUGUUUUUCUUCCUUUUUCAAUUUCAUUUCUGCCUCUCUUCUUCCCCAGAUGCCAUCGUUUUGCCUCUCAUGACCCAGAAUAUCCCGUUCAAGUCCUUACCCAGAUCUCCCACUCAGGUCUCAUUCCACCAUAAUGUUACUCUGACUACAUCUCUCACGGUCGGCACCCCUCCGCAGAAUGUUUCGAUGGUCAUUGACACCGGCAGCGAGCUCUCUUGGCUCAACUGCAACUCCAGCUACACCACCACCGGAAACAUUUCCGGGCCGUUCACAUUUGACAAAACACGGUCUUCCUCCUAUUACCCAAUCCCCUGUUCUUCGCCGACGUGCACCAUCAAGACCAAAGAUUUUCACAUUCCGGCUUCCUGCGACACCAAUCAGCAUUGCCACGCCAUUCUUUCCUACGCUGACUCGUCGUCCUCCGAGGGAAAUCUCGCGUCUGAAACGUUUCAUAUCGGGAGCUCUGACAUCUCGGGUAUGGUAUUCGGGUGCAUGGACUCUGUCUUCAGCUCCAACACAGAGGAAGACUCUAAAACAACCGGGUUAAUGGGUAUGAACCGCGGGUCACUCUCUUUCGUCUCCCAAAUGGGUUUUCCCAAAUUCUCCUACUGCAUCUCGGGAUACGAUUUAUCGGGCUUCCUAUUACUCGGCGAGGCCAAUUUCUCUUGGCUCGCACCGCUGAACUACACGCCGUUGGUCCAAAUAUCGCAACCUUUGCCGUACUUCGAUCGGGUCGCUUACACCGUCCAGCUCGAAGGAAUCAAAGUCUCUGGAAAACUACUGUCAAUACCGAAAUCGGUUCUCGUCCCGGAUCACACCGGGGCGGGUCAGACAAUGUUGGAUUCAGGUACUCAGUUCACGUUCCUCCUCGGACCCGUUUACAAUGCUCUGCGAGCCGAAUUCUUGAACCAAACAAGUCGGGUUUUGAGGGUUUUGGAUGAUCCGAAUUUUGUAUUCCAAGGUGUGAUGGAUUUGUGUUUCCGGAUCCCACUGGGUCAACCCGAUUUACCGCCACUACCCUCAGUGACUCUGGUUUUUGAAGGUGCGGAAAUGACGGUAUCGGGCGAUCGAGCUCUAUAUCGGGUACCCGGGGAAAUCAGGGAGAGUGAUUCGGUGUGGUGCAUGAGUUUCGGGAACUCUGAUCUGUUAGGCAUGGAGGCGUACGUGAUUGGCAAUCAUCAUCAACAAAACAAGUGGAUGGAGUUUGAUCUUGAGAGAUCUCGGAUUGGGUUGGCUGAUGUGCGGUGUGAUUGGGCAAGGCAGAAACUCGGUGUGGGUGUGUAGGAAACACCAGAUCAAAAUCCCCCAGAAGAACCGUGCAUUUUUAUUCCGGACAUUGACGGCACGUGAGACAGUAAUACCAUGAUAAUGUUUUUCUCUGGUGCAUGAGCAGCAUGAUGUUCAGACUGUUUGAUAGUGUAAUCAUAGAGGUCUGGUGACGCACUCUUGAUGAGCAGAGAUGUGGUGGCCCACUUCAUCAGACGGCAAUAUGUUGAGAUGGCGAGAAGAUUCUUUUACGUAGCAAUAUAUUUGAUUUUUCCUCUUUCUUUUUCAAUUCUUCAAAUGUAGUAGAAGGUUUUUUUGAAACGAGAUCAGACCUUCAGAAUUAAAUAUUUUUCCCAAU